AUGGAGCAAAAUGGCAAGAUGACUUUCAUGCGCGCAAAAGACAAUCCUAACUCAUCGGAGUCUAGCUCCCCGGAGCACGACCAUGCCAACAACGCGGGGAAAGAAGACGUGGCCGGCCAUCGCUGCGACUUCCCUGGCUGCCAUAAGUCCUUUUCAAGGCGAGAACAUCUGUCGCGUCAUCAACUCAAUCACUAUCCAAAGAAGGUGUAUCGGUGUGAGUGGGAUGGUUGCUCCAAGACGUUUGUCAGGAACGAUCUGUUACAAAGGCAUCUCAAAAGACAUAAGGACAAGGAGCAGAAACGUUCUUCCAAGCGACAUCAGAUCGGAAAAACUUUGGAUAGACACAAUUCAGUUGGUGAUGAUGUUGGGACUGGGCAGAGUGAUUCGGAAGAUGAUAGGCCCAUGACAGUGGUUCCAAAGACUGAGAGUUUCCAGGUUGACGAACUGCCGCCCGAGGGUUCCAGCUCAAAGAGUCUAAUCUCAUGGCUGUUCAAUGAUUCAGAGCGAGAUAGUGGAACAGAUUCGAAGUCUUCGACGGCAGAUGCGGGUCUUGGAAGUCUUUCCUAUCCCACAAAUGGGGAUCUCUUCUUGACUGGACCAUUUGAUAUCAGCCCGAAUGCAAUGAUGGGGCUUUUACAGAAUGUCAAUACUUCGACGACGAACUCUCCGGCACCAGAUUUGUUUCCUGACCAUGACAGAUCAAUAAUCUCGCGUUUAACUGAGUCCAAAGUCGCAGAAUUGGGCCAGACAAUAACGGAUAUCCAAAAGAACUCCAACUUCACCCUCAAAAGGCUAGAGAGGAUGCUAGACAUGUACUGGAACUUCUUCCACCCCAGGUUUCCGAUUCUACACAAGCCCACGUUUGUGGCAGCUGACUCUCCGCCGGUUUUGCUGCUUGCAAUGGCGAUGAUGGGCUCAAAGUUGGCUGGAUGCGUCUCAGAACAGGUCAAUGAUAUCGAUCAGCAGAUUGACAAACCCAGCGAGUUUGCUCUUGCCAUUGCAAAGCCAUUGAGGUGGCUCAUUUUUUCAUCCCCACACUUCCAUCCACCGGCCAAAAUAUGGAUUAUCCAGAGCCUUUUGAUUCUGGAAUUCUACGAGAAAAACUGUUCCAUACGCGAGAUGCACGAAAGGGCCCAUCUUCAUCACGGCACAACCGUGCAGCUUUUGCGAAGAAGCCCUUCUCUUGGUGGAAACCCUUUCAAGCUGGACGAGAUGGAAAGCUCCGAAAAUAUAUAUAACAAGUGGAUCGAAGCAGAAUCCAUGAAACGAUCAACGCUUAUGUGCUUCUAUAUGGACGCUAUUGAUGCGAUUUCUUUCGGUCACCAAAUUUUGAUUUAUGCUCACCAGAUCCAGAUGACGAUGCCGUGUGAUGACUCGCUGUGGGAGAAUGCACUGACUGCAAACCCAGUCAAGCCUGUAAACGGCAACGUACACUUUCUGGUUGCGCUCAAAAACCUCUUGAACGGUAUCCCCGUAAAGACCAAUUCGUUUGGCAAGAAAGUGCUCGUUAGUGGAAUUUGCUCCAUAAUGUACCAGAUGCAACAGCGUGAAUUGCAGGCUUCUUUUGGAUUGGAUGGAAAAGGCUCAUCAUCCGGAAACUGGAGACAGAUGCUGAUUGCAGCGUUUGCCGUUUGGAGAAAUGAUGUUGGUGGCUCUUGUUGCAGUUCACGGACAGCCAUUGAGAACACCUCUUCAGCGCAAACCAGUCUUCUCGCUGAAAACCAGAACGAUAUCCGGUCGCCUCAGUUCUCGGAGAGUGACACGCGCUGCAAAUGUAUUGCGUAUCACAUGGCACAUAUUUUUAUGAGCAUUUCCCACUACGAUUUCAUGAUUUUCGCUGGUGCUCCGUGGCGGAUGAACGUGAAGCCAACUUUAGCAGACCGCCAGGCAAUCUCCAAACGUGUAUACGAUUGGUCCAAGAGCGAGCAUGGAAAAAUAUGUGCCCUGCAGUCGUAUCUAUUACUUUGGGAGAUGUUUUUGAGUCCACAAGAUGGAAAAUAUGAGUUUAAUUACGAAUAUGACGCAAGUACUGAUAUCUUCUUCAGGUCGAAUGUGGUUGGACUGUGCGUGAUCGUUCUAUGGUGCUACAAUUUCUGUAAUUACGGCCCAGAAUCGUACUUUUUGUCCAUCGAAGGCGAAGCUGAAGACGGCGUGGCCAAAGCGGAACAACGUGAAGAUGGGUACCAUUAUCUGCGCAGAAUCCGCACUGAGAUGACCGGAUUGGCUGGAGGAAUCUGUUUGCACACUUGGUACAGCAACAUGAGCGGAAACGUGUUUUACAACGCGCUGAAACGACAUGCGUCGAUCUUGCUGGAUGUGAAGAAUAAGGAGUAUAUUGUGGGACUAUGCCAGAUGGUGAGCAAAAUGUUAUGGGAUGCGGACUAUUCUGUGGCCAGAGAGCAUGCGCGGUUGCUCCAGCAUUGUGCUGAGCGCAGCAUGGGCUCACAUCGCAUAGUCAAAGAGGACAUGUAUAUGUAA